AUGGGCGGCAGACUCUCCGUCCCAAAGGGGCCUGCAGGCACCACCGAGAUGUCGCAUCCCAAAGCCUCGCCCUACCCUCGUCGCAAGAUGCCCUUCAAUUCGCGCACCAUCAUUGCUCCCGCCGCCGCUUUCACAAUGGCUUGCAUACUCUUCGUCUACACCAGAACCUCGAUUCGCGCCGCCAAAGCAAACGCCCAACGACACCGGGACGCCGACAGCGGUGGUGAGGGCUUGGAUCUACUGGCUGAGAGCAGGAGAAGACACGGCCGUGGUGAGAAGCUAGACCAGGGCGGUGGUACCAUAUCUGAGCUGGCUCAUGGUGCCAGAGAGCAGUUUCUAGGCUCUUCCAAGUCAAAGCCGCAUCCAGAAAAGCUAAAGGGUCGAUCGCCCAUCUCCGAGAACGAGGAAAAGCUGAGAGCUGCCAUGGGCAAGAAGAGCGACGAUCCUGCAUCAUGA